CUGCUUUAUUGACUUUCUGUAAACAAACACGAUGGCGGCGACGGACAGAGAAAUGAAUCCAGAAUCGGAGAAACUGCAGUUCCGGCUGGACGUCCCCUUCCCCUCCCCCAGAGACGCCUCCAUCGCUCUGGGCUCUCUGUCUCCAGACCGAGAGCCCAGGAAGGGAGGGAUCAACAAACAGCUGAUGGUGACGGACAGGACGCUGACUGUGAGGUGGAGUGCUGACGAGGCUCGGAUCCUCCGGGUCUCUGUGAACUCUUUCCUGGAUAAUCUGUCGCUCGUCCUGGAGACCAUGCAGAUGUUCGCCCCCCCCGCCUCGCAGUGACACACACACACACACACACACACACACACACACACACACACACACACACACACACACACACACACAGCUGGAUCCCGAGAGGACCGUUUGAAGGAAGCGUCUGGAAGCUUCACCUGUGGGAGGAUUUUUAUUUAAACUUCUUUUGUAAAAAAACAAAUAAAAAGCAGCUGAUCAAAAA